CCCCGUCAGGGGCCACAGCUGGACACCCAGGGAUGAUGCCAGGCAUGUACCCCCCCGGAUGAGGGCCGCCGCGGGGCUGUGGGGCAGGAUGUGGCCCCGGAGCCGGCUGCCCGUGGGGGCCAGUGCCCUGUGCGCGCUGCUGCUCUGCUGGCUCUACCUGAACCCGGGGGACCGAGCCCCGCGAGCCGGGGACAUCGUGCGGGACGUGCGGAGGCUGGGGCCGGAGGGCUGGAGGGGCAACAAGACCGCGGCCGAGGCAUUCAGGAAGCUGCUGCAGGACUGCUGCGACGCGGGGAACCUGUUCUCUGUCACCAAAGUAAACACUCCUGUCGGGGAGAGCGUCUGGUUCGACGGAGAGUUCCUGUAUUCGCUGACCAUCGACAACACGACUCACAGCCUCUUCCCACAGGAUACGCCGUUCAAGCUGCCAUUAAAGAAAUGCUCUGUGGUGGGCAACGGUGGGAUCCUGAGGGGCAGCGGCUGCGGGAAGCAAAUAGAUGAGGCCGACUUUGUUGUGCGGUGCAACCUGCCCCCGUUAACCAGCAAGUACACCAAGGACGUGGGCUCCAAAACCCACCUGGUGACCAUCAACCCCUCGAUAAUCGAUACAAGGUUCCAGAACCUUCUGUGGUCUAGAAAAGCCUUCGUGGACAGCGUGAAAGUCUACAACUCCAGCUACCUGUACAUGCCGGCUUUCUCCAUGAAGCACGGAACGGACCCGUCGCUCCGCGUCUAUUACACGCUCGCCGACUUCCGCACCAACCACACCGUGCUCUUCGCCAACCCCAACUUCCUGCGCAACGUCGGCAAAUUCUGGAGGAGCAAAGGCGUCCGCUCCAAGCGCCUCUCCACCGGGCUCUUCAUGGCCAGCGCGGCGCUCAGCCUGUGCGACGAGGUCACCAUCUACGGCUUUUGGCCCUUCCAGACGGACCUGAACGGGAAGUCCAUCAGCCAUCAUUACUACGACGACGUCCUGCCGCUGUCCGGGUUCCACGCCAUGCCGGAGGAGUUCCUGCAGCUCUGGCUGCUUCACAAGACCGGAGUCCUGCGGAUCCAGCUGGACCGGUGCGCCACCCACUUCAGCUAA